CCCGCCCGCGGCAGAAUGAGUGUGGUGGAGCACGUGCGCGAGAUGGCGGCCGCCGGGCUGCACUCGAACGUGCGGCUGCUCAGCGGGCUGCUCCUCACCAUGAGCGGCAACAACCCGGAACUGUUCUCUCCCUCUCAGAAGUACCAGCUCCUUGUCUAUCAUGCAGACUCCCUCUUCCAUGACAAGGAAUACAGGAAUGCUGUCAGCAAGUACACGAUGGCCUUACAGCAGAAAAAAGCCUUAAGUAAAACCUCCAAAGUCAGACCUUCUACUGGGAAUGCUGCAUCAACACCCCAAAGCCAGUGUUUACCAUCAGAAAUUGAAGUGAAAUACAAAAUGGCUGAAUGUUACACAAUGCUGAAGCAAGAUAAAGAUGCCAUUGCUAUUCUUGAUGGGAUUCCUUCCAGGCAGAGAACUCCAAAGAUCAAUAUGAUGCUGGCAAACCUCUACAAGAAAGCAGGCCAGGAGCGCUCCUCGGUGACGAGCUACAAAGAGGUGCUGAGGCAGUGCCCCUUGGCCCUGGAUGCCAUCCUAGGCUUGCUCUCGCUGUCGGUGAAGGGAGCAGAAGUGGCCUCCAUGACCAUCAACAUCAUCCAGAGCAUUCCUAACUUGGAUUGGCUCUCUGUGUGGAUCAAGGCAUAUGCCUUUGUGCAUACUGGAGACAACACCAGAGCAAUCAACACCAUUUGCUCUUUAGAGAAGAAGUCGUUGCUGAGGGAUAAUGUGGACUUGCUGGGGAGCUUAGCAGACCUGUACUUCAGAGCUGGAGAUAAUAAAAACUCCAUUCUAAAAUUUGAACAAGCACAAAUGCUGGAUCCUUACCUAAUAAAAGGAAUGGAUGUCUAUGGUUAUUUAUUGGCACGUGAGGGCCGGCUGGAGGAUGUGGAGAACUUGGGCUGCCGGCUCUUCAAUAUUUCUGACCAGCAUGCAGAGCCCUGGGUGGUAUCUGGGUGUCACAGUUUCUACAGCAAACGAUACUCCCGUGCCUUAUACUUGGGAGCCAAAGCCAUCCAGCUGAACAGCAACAGUGUCCAAGCGCUGCUGCUGAAGGGGGCGGCUCUGCGCAACAUGGGCCGGGUGCAGGAGGCCAUCAUCCACUUCCGGGAAGCCAUCCGCCUGGCGCCCUGCCGCCUCGACUGCUACGAGGGUCUCAUCGAGUGUUACCUGGCAUCCAACAGCAUCCGUGAAGCCAUGGUGAUGGCAAACAACGUGUACAAAACCCUGGGGGCAAACGCACAGACCCUCACCCUGCUGGCCACAGUCUGCCUGGAGGACCCAGUCACGCAGGAAAAAGCAAAAACAUUGCUGGAUAAAGCUCUCACACAAAGACCUGACUAUAUUAAAGCUGUGGUAAAGAAAGCAGAACUUCUCAGUAGAGAGCAGAAGUAUGAAGAUGGGAUUGCCCUGCUGAGGAAUGCCCUGGCCAACCAGAGUGACUGUGUCCUGCACCGCAUCCUGGGGGACUUCCUGGUGGCUGUCAACGAGUACCAGGAAGCCAUGGACCAGUACAGCAUAGCCCUGAGUUUGGAUCCAAAUGAUCAGAAGUCACUGGAAGGAUUGCAGAAAAUGGAAAAAGAGGAAAGUCCAACAGAUGCCACCCAGGAAGAAGAUGUGGAUGACAUGGAGGGAAGUGGAGAAGAGGGGGACUUGGAAGGCAGUGACAGUGAAGCAGCUCAGUGGGCAGAUCAAGAGCAGUGGUUUGGGAUGCAGUAAAAGCCUCCUGCUGCUUGGUUUGAACACACCACUAGGGCCACUCUUCUUAGAAGAACAGAAACUAUGAUUUGUUUCCAGUAACAAAGGACAUUUUUUUGUUUGUUUUUUAAUAGACUCUGAAACCAAUUAAUAGUUCUGUGCAUCUCAAUACUGUGGAGAUUCCUGAUGCUUCUUUAUUUAUUAAGUGUAAGGGACUAACUGCAUCCGAGGUUAUUUUGCAACUUUCAUUUUGAAAAGUUCCUGCUAAAACUAAAACCAUCAGAAUCUGAGGUGUGCAAUGAGCCUGUUUGUGAUGAAAACAAUGUCUGAGUUCUGUCCAGGGCUGAGUGUGCUUGGGCAAGUUGUAAAUACAGUAGUUUGUACUCCUUUGUGGGAAAGGUCUUGCUCAUUUGUGUGCAGCCAUUUGAGUCUGGGGAAGCUACUUGAGUGUGGCUGAAAACAGCACUUUUCCUUUGCUGUGUUUGUUGAAUUAAUUUGUCUUUUUCUAGGGCAUUACCUGUGCUGUCCAGGAUAAAUUUGGGACAAUAGGCAACUUGGACUUGCAGGACACUUUUUGUAGCUGACUGAUUUCUCUGUGUACAGAAUUGAGCCAGUGGUGGAGAAUUAAAGCAAUUUCUUCAACCCCUACUAAACCCUGCAAUCACUCAAAGUCUGUACAUGAGCAUUUAUUUUAAAAUGCAGUUUAGUUUUAUUUCAGUAUGUUCCUGGAAGGUUUUGCAGCAGUGACUCAAAGCACUUUACAUUCUGUGUACAGCACUGACAUUUAAAAUGCUAUAAAAAGAAUUCAUCCCUCUUCCCUUGCACUGCUGGAGAAAUGUUAAAUUUUGCAAAUACACAUAUUGUCUUGUUUUUUUCCAUGUUUAUAUACUUCCUGUUUUUGUCAGGUAAUUUUUGAAUUAAUGUCUUUUCCCUUCACCUUUUGAAGCAAAAUUGCUUCAUGUACAAAUUCCCAACCUCAGCAUUUCAAGGGUGAACUGCUUUGGGUGAUCUAGAAACUGUUUCAGUUCUGUGGGCUUGAUGUGUGGGAAGAGGAAUUACUUAUUUUUCUUACAGUUCUGAUUUCCUUAGUCUUUACCAAAGUGUGGUUUCUUAAUCUUUAUAUCAAGAGUUUAAUUCUUCUUGCAUUUACUUUGUUGCCACAGGUACGCUGGAGCACACAGACUUUUUAGAAACCUAAACAAUUAGUUUUGAGUAACAUCUGCAGGAAAAAAAUGGCUGUUUGUUACAAAUUCGUGAUAUGGAAAAGAAGCUUCUCCCUGAAAGGCAGAUAAGAGUAAAAUACCUCUCUGUGAUGUUGUAUCAAAAAUGCUCAACAAAAGAGGCAGAUUAUUGUCUGUUUUGGAAAUACUCUGGUAUGUCAUGGCUUACAGAGGAGGAGUCCAAUAGUUCAUCCACUUAAGAAAAGAAAACAGCUGCUUGUCUGUUCUCUCUGGAAUUCUGUGGGCUUUAGAGUUUCCAAAAUACCAAACUGAGUUAUGGUUAUUUGAAGGUGAUAGGGGAAGAGCAGCAAAGCAAAGCUGUCGUGGCAGUUGAGUUGGUAAAAGCUGCUCCUGCUCUUCCAGUAAAGCAGAUCCACCAAAUGUGUGCAUCUCAGGAGAGCAAAUAUUUCAUUAAUGGCUUUCUGAUAGAUGAGAGGCCUCGUCCUGUUCAUCUCUUUGCCAUUGCUGUGGGAUGCAGUGAAUGGAUUUUAGCUCAUCACAUGUCUCAUAGCAGGAAAAACGUGCAAGCAUAUUCAAAGCAUCUGUUUUUAUAUAAAAAAACUGCUUUCUCUUCACUCUCAGCAUUCCCCAGACAUAUUCUGCAGCUGAAAGCUGGGUAGCUGCAUUAACUUUCUAGUUGUAUUCCAAACUUCUGCUGUGGAUGAAAAUUGAGUUGUUUGUGUUACUAAAUCAAAAGACAGGAUACAUUUAAUUGUGAUGAGAAGCAUAUGAGGUAUGUGAUGUCUUUUUCAGCCAUUUCAUUCUAAUGGUUCCUUUGAAUAGGUCGUUCAUUUCAGGUGGAAACCACUGGCUUUACACAUUUCUCUGAAAUAUUUUCAUAGAAGAGGAAACUGGAGAGCCACAGUUCUGUUGAAACCAUUCUGUGGUGUGUUUGUAGAUAAUCUGAUAAUCUGCUUUUAGAACAGGCAGGAAACUAAAACUACUUAAAGAUGAGUCCUUAUGUGCAGCUUGAGCAAACAAGUGCAGGCACACCUCAGAACACCUUGAGUUGGCUGUCAAAAAUGAUUUGUAUCCUCACAGCUUUGGUUUUCUGAGACCUUGGUUCCUUACUGCAAAGGAGGAGUUGUGAGAGUCUGCAGAUGAAGCCUGGUGAGUAGCUGAUGUGUUGGGGUUACACAACUCUCUGUGAUCUUUGCUGAGUUGCACUGUGCCUGUGGAACUUGGAGAUGCCAUACAUGUUGAGAUUGUAUAGAGAGAUAUAUUUAGCCCUCAGAAUUCUAGAGGGAUCCUGCUUGCCUGUUAAUGAGCCUUCAUUAUUGCUUUAAUUUUAGAAUGUGAUCUCUGGUUCUGCAGAGGUCUGGUACUCUCCAGUGCAGUUACAGGCAUUUAGUUCAGGGAAUAUAACAAUUAGCCCUUAAUGAGCAGCUGACCUCAUUCUCUCCCUCAAUCACAUGCUCUGCACCCGAGAAGAAAAGAUCACAAAGCCAAGAACUGAAGUUCAGACUGUAAGAUCAGUGAUGGAAGUGAAACAGUUUGGACAUGAGGCAAGAAAUCUUUUGCCAUCCAGUUGUGCUGUAGUGUUGAUGUGUCUGAGGUGCUGGUCUGGGGCUGGGUUUACCUGAAAUCCUUGAAUUUAAAUCACAUAUUUCAUUACUAAUGUCUAAUUCUUUCCUACUUUGACAAGAAGUGAUGGGAAAGGGACAGAAUUUCUUCAAACUGUACAUAGACUUGGCAAGGGCUAAAAGGCUGAAUUUACCAGAGUUUAAAAGCAGCACACAUUCAUGGUGUGGUUAGAAAUUGCCUAAAUAAUGCAUUUACUCCUGUCAUGUGCUGAUAACACCUGCAAUACUGGCAGUGUUUCUGAUUCUGAAGAUUUCUAGAUCAUGGGAAUUCUGGAAUUGUGAAGCAGAAAUAAAAGAGGGACUGAGGA